CCGCUGAGUUGUGGGUGGGUGGGUGGGUAAGGAAUGAUCCGGAUUCUCGACCCCCGAGGGAGACUACAGUACCCGUGGCCUGUCUCAAGAGCUACAGUAUGAUAGGACCAAAGCCGGGGGGGGGUCGAGUGAUCACGAAGAGUCACUCGAUAGGGAUUCGGGAAUUCCUGAUGAGGGUCGGGACAGCAUUUCGUGGAAAGGCCGGAUCGCAACUGAGGUACAGCGGAGGGUCGAGCCGACAGAGGGUGAGUGCUGGACGUGUGCGUGUCCUCGAGUACUGUACUGCACCGUCAUCACCUCGUUUUCUCUACUCGAGUACUUGCGGGAGGAGAGAGGGUGGCUUCCCAUUAGCCUAUGAUGUUCCUCCCUCCCAUGUUUGUGUUUGACAUGACAUACAUCCGUCUAGGGCGCUCUCUUUCCUGCCCUUUCGCCACUGUAACUUACCCCGAUAUCAUCUCUUACUCCAGCUACCGGUAAGCCCUCUCUCCAGUAUUCCCCGUUCUCGGCAACUUCAAACCUACCGUAGUCCACUAUUGGUCUAGAGCUUGAUGUGCUGAUUAACUUAGAGACAGCAAGAUCUUGAGUAAUGCCGGUGCAAUUCGGUACAGUACGGUACCGAUCCCUGGCACCCGGAGAUUCCCCAUCACCCUACUCGGUCGCCUUGGGGUGUGAAGAAAAAAUAUGGAACUCUGUCUGGGUACUGUACGAGUACUGUACCUGGGGCGAGUGAUUUGCGAUUUUUUUUUUUUUCCAAUGGUAUUAUCAUGCUAACGGUGCGGUACUCUGGUAACGCCCGAGUCCGGACGAGGUGUCCUUCAUAUGAUACCGUCAACGCUAUUUAGCCCAGACUGCCUACUACCGUAUGAUACCUUGAGUCCGGGAAGCCCAAGAGAUAGCUUCCGUAGACUAGUUGCCAAGGAAAACCUCAUUGUCAAAGGGCGAACAUCCAAUACCGGUAUCCAGGUAAACCAAGGUCCUGAUCCUGCACGAUGGGAAGCAAAUCCACCGGCUCGCUUAAACCCCAUUCUACCGUACAUAUGAUACCAUAUUUGUACGAACAAAAACAAAAACAGAUUGACCUCCUAGUUUACAUACAGUACUAGCACAGCUUAUCGUAAGAAGCUCUUCAUCAUCGCAUCCAAGUCCAUCAAUGAUGAAAUCCCCCAACCAACUCAACCUACCGUAUCCCUUCCUUGGACCCAACCCCUGCGUCAUACAAGCUACAAUACACCUAGAUCUACAGGAAACGUCCCUUGACAAAAAACGGGGAGACAGGGAUUCCAGCAAACAAAUCUACGUCACAACCCUUCCACACUCGACAACAACCUGUUUCGCGCGAUAGUAACGCAACGCAACAAGAACCCAUGAUGAGAAUUGUCAUGAUGGAUAUAAGAAAUGGACAUCCCUUUCCACCCUACGAAAUUUACCAAACCCAUCACAACUAGAAUAUCCCACCCCACGACGCUACCACUACCGCUAUCCCGAGGAUCAUACAGAAUAUAAAAAUAAAAUAAAAAACCAUGGGUUUCACAAGCUGGACCCCGACCCAACACCUCUCGCUGGUAACCCUCCUCUGCCACGAAUACGAGGAAGCCCUCUCCUUCUACGCCGGCCUGCUGAACUUCACCAUCCACGACGACGCGGAGGUGGAGGACGCGAAUGCCGAGGUGGGGAAGCGCUUCAUAGUGCUCACGCCGCCCAAACUGACGCAGAUGGCGCCCAUGGUGGGACUCCGCGUGACGCGCGCCGUCACGAGACAGCAGCGCAAGGCGGUGGGCAACCAGGCGGGCGACGCCGUCUUCCUCUUCUUCGAGGUGGACAACUUCGACGAGGCCUACGGCAAGAUGAAGGCCGUCGGCGUCAGGUUCCUGGAGGAGAGGCCGCGGGAGGAGAAGUUUGGCAGGGCCAUACUGUUCCAGGACCCGUACGGGAAUAGGAUCAAUCUGGUCGAUAGGCCCACCCAGAGGACUGGGAGUUUGUACGCUAAGGAUACUAGCGUG